AUGGGUGACAUUCCUUCCUUCCCCGAAUGUCAUCCAGGUCGGACUCGGCGUGUCCCGUCAGCGCCGAGGCACGCGUCGUCCAGCGGCGGCGGGUGUCCUCCGCCGUGCAGGCUUCGCCGCAGCCUGCGACUCAGCGGCCAGAGGCUCGGUGCUGGUUCGGACUGGACACCGGGCACCACGGACAGCCUCACCGCUUCGUCGAACACCAAAAGGGUUCGAGGUUCGAUUGCCGCCGUGCCCAAGCCGACAGUCACGCUGACACAGCUGCCGCUGGAAGUGCUCUUCCACGUUUUUCUGCAGUGCGAUGUGGACUCGCUGGGUGUACUGAGCAUAUGCUCGACGUUUAUGAGGGACCGAGUGGCCGGUUUCCUCGCCUGGGCACCCGCUGUCAAGGCGCUCAGCUUCAACAGAAUGCAGCAAAAGGACGCUAUCAAGCAUUGCAAAAGCCUCGGAGUACUGAUGAAGAGGGUCACCUGUCUUUUCCCCACCAAGGAUCGACUGAGGAUUAUGCUGCGGUUCAUCGAAAGGUUUGUGAGCCGGCCGGCGCUUGUCCGUAGCCGGCUGCCCCGCGACGUGGACGCCACGUGUCGGCAGUGGCACCAGUACGGCGCCUUCCUGAUGGCCGCCGUGGUCGGCUGGGUGGACAGCGAGUGCCAGCUGGUGUACGAAGUGCUUGCGGGGCUCUCAUCCGCGCACCGAUUCACUGCCAGGGUGCUCGGGGCGAGGCCCGGUGAGUGA